ACAAUUUGAUAUGAUUUAAGACUAAAAGAUCAAACCUUUCCCAUGUCUCCAAAAAUAACAACUUGUUGGAGAGAAUUUUGUCCCGGGAAAGGAGAAGAUUUAAAUUGAUACUGUUUACUCCAGAUCAAUGCACCAUUGGAUAAUCUAUGCCCUACUUUGUAGGAGCACCGCACAUGCUGUUACGCCUGAAGGUCAAUGUUCCAGCAGUGAGAGUUACAGUUCUCCUCCUUUAAUCCCCCACUCAACAACAGCGCCAACCGUGGGUAAACUGGUGCCUUUGGGUCCUCUAAGGUUACUUUGUUUGAGAUUGCCACAAGCUUUGGCUAUUACACAAGAAAAAUGCAAAACCAAUGGAUAUUGGAUGGUUAAAGAUGAGUAUAAGAAGAGCAGCGACGGCCGUGUGCAUGAUUCUUUCACGAUAUCAAGAAAUUACAGAGAUUUAUUGGCUUGUGCUGUUGAUAGUUGCUCUGCAAGACUAGAGACAAUGAAGUAUGACAUAGCGCAAAUUGAUUUCUCUUGCAUGCAACCCAACUGGAACUUGUUCAGCGACAAGGACUUCGGCUUCAUCAUCCUAACCACCGUCGAUCACUCGAACCUUAAGUUCGAGUACAAGAGAAGCAGCGACGGAGUCAUCCACGACGCAUUCGAGAUAGCGAGGGAUUUACAAAGACCUACUGGCGACCUUUGCCUUCUAAGAUAGAAUAAUAGAACUGUGUAAUCUUUUGUUGUUUCAAAAUGUUUUAUGUUAUAUUGAGGGCACCGAACGUGUAGAUACAUAUAAUGAUUAUAGGUCUCGACUUUGUUCCUAUUCAAUAAUAUUUUGGUCACUAAAUUAUGAUUUUUUAA